AUGCAAUGUGAUAUUAAUAGUGAUAAAGAAGGAGCUAAAACUAAUGAAGAUGGGUUUCUCAGGCCUUUGCCUAAAGUGAAAAAGGUAUUAAAACCUCAACAAAAGGUGAUAUAGGGCUUAGUGGUGCCUUAGGUAACGAACAAGUAAAUGCUUAAAGAUAAGGUUGGGGUAUCAAGUAUUCCCACAAAGAUUAAGAGUGGAGUAGCAAAGAGUGUCGAAAGUUCUAUGAUAGUGGGAUCAAAGUUUUCUUACAAUAGUAAAUUGUUCACAGAAGAAGAGGAUGAAUAUGCAUUUGAAAGUCUAUAUAGAUUCAUCAAGGAGACUCACAUUCUAGCUUUAUAGUUGUCUUAAUAGCAAGAAAAUAGAGAUUAGAAUGCUUUGAUAUCAAAUUAAACUAACUUGAAUAAAAAAGAAGAGUUGCAAAAAACGAAUAAAAAAGGAGGGGGUGCGACAUAAAUUGAAUCAGAUAGUCAUAAACAAAAUAAUAAUUUAAAUUUAAAUCAUGGCAGAGCUACUGGACAAGGUGGAAAUACAAACAAAAAGACUAUAAUAAGGGACAACUCUCUCCAAAAUAUCUAAAACACCUUAGAUUCUGCUAUUUAGCCUUUCAAACCAUCAAAUAAAAAAGACCCUACUCUGAAUCAGGCAAUAGUCCAGUAAUAAUUGGUUUAAGAGUUGUUUGCACUUUUGGUGAGUGGCCAAGCCUCACAUACUCACAUUGAGCACUAUAUUUUAGCUCUAAAGGAUGCUGGAACUAAUGAUGAAGAGAUCAACUAUCUUUUGAGCCUCUAGCAUCAAAACACUCUAGAAAACUAAAAUAUAGCAGUUGAUCAAAUGAGCGAGCAAGAACUUUUAAUAACAUAGCUAUAACAGAGUGGAGCAUCUCCGCUAGAAAUCUAAUAGCUCUUGAUGAGCCAUCCUAGUUAUCAUAAUCCUCAUACAGCAAACACUCCCUUUUCUAUCAAUGAGCUAUACGAACUUGUGAAGCUUGGGAUAGUUCAACAGAGUGCAGUGAUGCCUGAAUCUAUAGACCCCGCCAUCUUUAGCAAAAUACAAGAAAUAGAUAUGCUUGAGGGGCAUGAUCUCAAUCAUUUCCCUCCUGACUAUAGGGAUAAACUAUUUAAUGCCAUCGAAGAAAGCAAGCUAUAAUUAGUAUAGAUAUUCUUUCCUCAGAAUGUUUAGGCUUCACUUUAAUACCCUAUGUCUUAGCUGCUUUAUUAACCAGGAUAGAGUAACUAGAUCAUUGGACUAGACUAAGGUAUAAGUUAAAUUAUUGGAGCUGAUUUUAACUAAAAUAGAGCAUAAAUUAGUGCUUAGAGAGCUGAUAAGCCAUUUGGUAGAAAUGCGAGACAUGUAGCUAUUGCCUUUCAUAUAAAAAUCUAAAGAAUGAUAGAAUUUGAAAAAUAAGAAGAAAAUUAGGCCUCGUGA